CGUCACUUUUGGAGAGGGUUUUCCAGAUGAAGCAGAAACCCCAGCCCUGUCCCGUCCCCGUGUAGUUUGGGAGAUAUUGUGAGAGGAUCUCCAGCUCCUGCCUCUCCUGCUCCCACCCCCUGUCCCUCCUAUGGCAAUCCAUGUGGCCAGGGCUGGGGGCAGACUUUUAUAAGCCUGGCCUCACAGAGCAUCCAAGCUGAGAGGAGUGACAGGAGGCUUGGCUUGCUCCGAGAUACCUCCCUAUCCUUGGGGUCCCUGGGAUGACCAAAGGAGGAAUGGAGUCAGUGGAAGUGUUCACAGCUGAAGGCAAAGGCAGGGGUUUGAAAGCCCAGAAGGAAUUCUUGCCUGGGGAUGUCAUCUUUGCAGAGCCAGCCUAUGCAGCCGUGGUUUUUGACAGCCUGACCCACGUCAUCUGUCACACGUGCUUCAAGAGGCAGGAGCGGCUGCACCGCUGUGGGCAGUGCAAGUUUGCCUAUUACUGCGACAGGACCUGCCAGAGAGCAGCCUGGCUCAACCACAAAAACGAGUGCUCUUCCAUCAAGAGGCAUGGCAAGGCACCCACCGAAAACAUCAGGCUGGCUGCCCGCAUCCUGUGGAAGAUGGAGAGGGAGGGCAGCGGGCUGGCCGAGGGCUGCCUGGUGCCCAUCGACGAGCUGCAGAACCACGUGGACAGCUUUGGGGACGAGGAGAGGAAGGAGCUGCGGGCUGAUGUGGAGAGUUUCCUGGAGUUCUGGCCGCCCCACUGCCAGCAGUUCGGGAUGCAGUUCAUCUCCCACAUAUUCGGAGUGAUCAGCUGCAAUGGCUUUACCCUCAGUGACCAAAGAGGACUGCAGGCUGUUGGUGUGGGAAUCUUCCCCAACCUCUGCCAGGCCAACCAUGACUGCUGGCCCAACUGCACCGUCGUCUUCAACAAUGGCAAUCAUGAGGCUGUAAGAUCAAUGUUCCACACACAGAUGAGGAUCGAGCUGCGGGCCCUGAGCAAGAUUUCUCCGGGGGAUGAGCUGACUGUUUCCUACGUGGAUUUCCUCAGCCUGAGCGAGGAGCGGCGCAAGCAGCUGAAGAAGCAAUAUUACUUCGACUGCACGUGCGAGCACUGCAAGAAACAGCUCAAGGAUGACCUGAUGCUGGCAGUGAAAACAGGGGAAAGCAAGCCCUCUGCAGACAUGGUGAAGGAGGUGAUCCAGCUCUCCAAGGACACUCUGGAGAAGAUCAACAAGGCACGCAUGGAGGGAAAUUACCACGAGGUUGUGAAGCUGUGCCGUGAGUGCCUGAAGAAACAGGAGCCUGUGCUGGGGGACACCAACAUCUACCUGCUGAGGAUCCUCAGCAUUGCCUCCGAGGUGCUCUCCUACCUGCAGAUGUUUGAGGAAGCAGCUGACUAUGCCAAGAGGAUGGUGGAUGGCUACCUGAAAAUUUACCAUCCCAACAACGCGCAGCUGGGGAUGGCCGUGAUGCGGGCAGGAGUGACUCACUGGCACGCUGGCCUCAUUGAAGCUGGCCAUGGCUUGAUCUGUAAAGCUUAUGCCAUCCUCCUGAUAACCCAUGGACCUUCCCACCCAAUCACCAAAGACCUGGAGGUGAUGCGUGUCCAGACGGAGAUGGAGCUGCGCAUGUUCCAGCAGAACGAGUUCAUGUAUUACAAGAUGAGGGAAGCUGCCCUCAAGAACCAGAAGAUCCAAGUCAUGCCUGAGCCCAGCAAUGAGAACGCACCAAGCCUCUUCCACAAAAAGGAAUAAACCUGGAGCUUGACACCAAUUCAUGCCUGCAGGGUAACAUCACCUGUGGCACUUCCAAACACUGGGAAUGUGAUACAGCAAUGUGAUAAAUCCACAAGGAUUGUUUCCAGUGGCACAGGUCUGACAGCAUGGACCUGCUGGGGGAGCAUCCUGAAAACUCUUCUGAGGGCUUAAAGCAGAAGAGGUCCUGGCAGAAGCAACAUCCCUUUUUCUAUCACUAAGGCAUUAAAAAAUCAAAGCAAAAACCCCUGUUAUAAAAUUAUUUACAUUUUUAUUGGAAGCCUGUUUCUCUCUACAUGUGCCCUGACUCUGAAUUCCUUUGUUAAAUUUUGAUUGGUUUUUCCUAAGGGCUUCUACCACUUCCUUGGAAUGACAUAAUUUCUUUCCAGUGUUGUCCAUAGGAUGAUAGAAGUGGGAAGCCAGUUCCAAGAAAUGUCAUGUACACCUGUGGCCAAUGAAUGCAAACUAACCUAGACCCACAGGUGGUGUUUUGUGUUAAAUUAUAUUUUUCUGGUGAAUGAUUUUGCAGCUGGCAUACAUGCAACAUCAAACUGGGUCAUUUGCAAGUGAGACUAACUGGAACCCCCACAUCAAGAUAAGUAAAUUGAGACAAAUUAUUCUCCUUAGUUACAAAUUAGAAAAUGUCUGCAAUGAUGGACAUGCCAGAAGACAGUUGCUAUAGUUUGGUGCACUGGCUGUUCUAACUGGACAAACAAUUUUCAGGGAAGGGAAUCCACACUUGUUGAUUUUUAGGGUGACUUGGAGGCUUUGAUGCCUUAAAACACCUGCCUUUUAACUUAGGUGUUUAAUCAAUUUUGCACUGAGGAAAAAAGGGAUAGUCCAUAGAUCAAUUGCCAGUGGACUGCCAACAGAACUAAGGAGAAGUCUAAUGGCUAAAGUUGGAUUCCUAGAUUUAAAAAAUGUAUUUGUUUUGUGCCCAUACGUCUUAAAAUUCAACUGACUUCCUGCAGACUUUCAGUGGCAGCCAGGAGAAGAAAAGGUUUAUUCCAUAAUCCCUUACCUGCUUUUCAGCAUAGUAGAAGAAAACAAAAAUUUGGUCUUUUCCUCUUUGACAUUUCUCAGUGAUUUUGCUGAUAUUUCUCCAGUUCUGAGUUCACUAAAGCCCAACAUCUGCUUUUUAGGCACUGUUUAGCUAAGCCCUUCCAUUUGUCUGUGAGGUGCCUCUGCUGCCCUGUGUGACAAUCCAUAUUGGUUCAGUUCUUGGCAUGAAGAUCAAUGUUGAUCUGUGAUAUGAGAGCCUUUCCUGGGCAGAGAGAAGUCCUGGCACUGGCCGUGGAAAAGGCAGAUAAGAGGGAAGAGUUUCCUUUCCUGUGUGCAGCAGAAAAGCCCAUUUGGCCUAAAGUGCCAAGCAAGAUGACACUGGUGCUCCCUCUGUCUACACUGAGAACAACCAGCCCAUCUCCUGCCAGGAGAAAAAAAAACUAAAUUUCACCCUGGAAGAAGUGUUCAAUUCCAGUUCAACCCAAUUUAUCAGGUGCAGCUUGGGGUGAAACACACACUGGAUACCUGAAGGCAGUUGUGACCCUCCUGCAGGUGGGGAGGAGUUGGGGAUGGGGUGGCCAGAGCCAAUAGGGCUGGAUCCUACUGCAGAGGUGUGAGGAUGAAGACAGCAGCUGGUAGCUCGUGCUGGUUUCUUUCCCAAGGCAGCUUUCCAAACAGGAUCAUUGGCACUUCCUUGACUCCACCUAAACCACCCCAAAUUCUUUGGCCCAGCUGGUCACUCUUUCCAUGUCUGUAGGGAAAGGGAACAGAGCCCUUUUCCUGGCCAGUGCUCCCCAGCCUAGAUCAGCCAUGGGUUCAGGACCCACUGGGGCAUCCCCAGCAGGGUGCUGGCACUGUCCCCAGGAAAGGGCUGGAAGGACACUCAUCGGCAUAUGUCACUCAGUGGCUCUGAGCCUGUGCCCUGCCUCAGCCCCCUUCCCCAGCAUCAGCACACC